UUACUUUUAGGGCUUUAUGAACUAUUCGCCCAUCCACAGCGACCUCUUUACUUCCUUCAACAAGAUCGGAUCUGAGAUAGAUGACAUUUUCAAUAAUCUGGAUGUUUUCAAUCAGUCCUCCGAGCGUUACCAGACUUCGGAGCGUUAUUUGAAAGGAGGGUCUUCAGUAGACUUCCUUGGUCCAAAAGAGACCGAACCUGACAAUUUACCCAAACACAAGCUCAGCUUUUCCCAUUCAGAAGCAUUAGACCACGACUUUUCAAUUAUCCCCCUUCCAAAGCAAGCGUUCUCCGAGUCUGCCAGUAAUUUCCUAAUACAGGCCCAGUCCUCAGCAGUGGAACUGUCUAAAUGUGGCUCCUCAACCCCUCUCAAAACAAACCCCUUCAAUCAGAACAAUCUGAACAACCUCUCCCUGAGCAGUCUCCACUCCAGUAGUAACCACACUAACCUAGGAUCAGUGCUACUGAAGUCCCCUGACUCUGUGAGCAAAGAAAAGGAGCUCUGUAAGAAACAUCAAGGAGAAAUUAAGGAGUUGAGACAGAGGAUUCUGGGGCUGACCGACAGAAUCCAGAUUACUGUGGACGAACGGAACAAAGUUUUCUUCAGACUGGAGGCUGCUGUCCGCGAGGUCGCAUCACAGGGGACUAAAAAAGAAGCUCUGUCACAAAAAGUAGAGGAUCUCAAUCAGAAAAUGUUAGAAAAUGACUAUGAAAUUAAUCAACUGAGGACACAGAUCAGCCUGCUAGACGGUCAGAUAGAUACGACCCAUACCUCCGAACUAAAACUCCUCGACAAGCUAGACCUCACUUACUCUCAGUUGGGACAUUUCAAGGAGGAACGGGAUAAGGUUCUCAAGGUAGCUCAGCGGUCAAACGAUGAGUGCCAGAACGUAGUUCAGAAGUACAAAUUACUUCAGAAGAUCCAUGAUCACUGCAGUACGGUAAAAGAUAACGAUCAGGCAGAGAGACAGACCUUGUUUAGCAAGGUUGACGAACUGACCCGCGUCAUAUCCAAUAUGCAGAAGGAGAGAAAUGAUCUUAUUCAAAACUUGGAGAAAGUUCAUAAACUGGUUGAUAAACUGGAGCGGAAAGCUACGGAUAAGAUUCAGGUUCUGUGUAGAGAGUUACAGGAUCUCCAGGCCACUAAUUCCUCCCUCAGAAGCUCUGCUCAAGAGAAAGACGCCGUGUUAUCUAUGGACCGAGCCACAAUCAGAGAUUUGGAGUCUAAACUUAUUGAGUGUGAACGGGAAACCUCUGAUGUAAAACGGUUUGUACAGAAUCAUCAGCAGAAUCAACAGGGAGCUAUUUCUACUAAAAAUAAGAAAAUUAAGAUUCUCUCCUUGAAGGUUAAGCAGCUUCAAACCCGUAUGCAAACACAAAUCAGUCAGAUAAGUAUUCUCACGGAAACAAAUGAGAAACUGGAAGAAAAUUUAAAGGAUGAGAAACUGAGAUGUAAAUCAGUGGUUGAUGAGACCUCAUCGAAAGAUAAAAGGAUUGAAGAUUUAGAGGUUGCAUUAAAAGAGCAAUCUGUUCAAGUGAAAGAGGGCGCGGAGAAUCAGAAGUUACAAUCAGAACUGGAAGCAAGUAUAACUGAACUCGUGCAACAGAGGGAAUCAAUCCAAACUGCACUGAGUGUAUUAGAACAAUCAAACAGCGCCCGACUUCAAGAAAUAGACGAAUUGAAACACUCCCUCGCCUCAACCGAGCUGGAAAAAGAGGCCCUCCUCCACGAAUUGUACUCUAAACUAACCGCUAAAGAUCGGAAGAUCGGGAAACUAAAGGAAGGUAUCAACCAGCUAGUUUCCUCCAGACAGGAAACAGUAGCCGAGCUACAGGAACUGAGGUUCGCUGUAUCAGUCCUACAGGGGGAGGUGCACUCAGUCAAGGAAGAAUCUGAUGACAAACAGCGAGAUCUAACAGCGGAUCUGAAGGAAAAGAGUGUUCAACUGGAGCAGUACAAAGAUCUGCUUGAUAGGAUGGAGGUGGACCAGAGGUCUAGAGUCAUGGAGAUGGAGUCAGAGUAUGACUUCGUAUCAGCUGCAGUGAGAGUUCGGGAGCUGGAGGCUGAAAACAACCAUUUGAAAGCUGCACUUCAGAAGAGUCGUGAGAAGCACUCCAGGCUGAAACAAGACUUUGGGAAGAAAGUGAGGGAGCAGAAUGAGAUUAUUGAUAGUUGCGUGGAGAAAGAGGCCGCUGAGAAGCAGCUGACCGAGAUGCAGGCUUAUUAUCAGGCUCGUGUUAAAGAGCUUGAGACGUCCCUCAAAUAAUUGUAAAGACUUUGCGCUCUUUUUCAUGUUUCCUCUUUCGAUAACCUAAUUGUUAAAAAACUGUGGCGAAUUUUGAUAUCUAUAUUUCAUGUUAAGAGUAUAUUUGGUUGGUUUUUUGGUGGUUUAUGUCUUUGAGCAUUGACAAACAUUUGAAUAGAAGGGAUCAGACUGUAAUAUUUUCAUAAAUUUUGUAUUUAUCAGAAACGGUCUUGUUAAACUUAAAUAACCAUUGACCAUAUAAUUGUAUUUAUAAAUUGGUAAUUUUUAAGAAUUUUUAAAACAGAUGGUAAGAGUAAUUCCUUUGCUUUAAGUACAUUUAUACAUAUAUAUUAAUUUGUAUCUAUCAAUAUUAACAGUAUGAUUAAAUCACUGAACUCUAAUGCCUCAUCAAAUUAAAAUCUGACCAGCUCAAUUCCAAACCUUCAUACUUCUUCGAAUUAUCACAAUACUUUGGAUGAUUUGAAGAGCUAGCAAGCCCAUCCUAGCUACCAAGAGUUGAGUAAAAUGUUGCACUUGCAAUAAUUGCUGAUCAAAUCGUGCUUAGUUUUCACGCCCGCACCCGUCAUUUCUGUAACUAAAUCUAUUAACAAUUAACGUAUUUUAUAUUUGGUUUUAUGAGC